AUUGAGUCCAUAACCAUACUAUCGAGAAAAACAUAUCUGCCGUCCGCCAGCAGUUAACGUGUGUACAUCAAUAAAUUAAAACUAAUUGAACUCGAUUAACAGAAUUCAUUUUACAUCUGAUUAAAUUGAAUGAAGGCCAGUUCAGCUGAUGAUUAGCGUAUGAAUUUAAUCUGGGAAUGGUAAUUGUAGCUAGAGUUGAACGCUUUUUCACUAGAAAAUUGACAAUGAAAGCUCUAUUUAUUUUAUAUAUCGCAUCCACUUUUCUUGGGUUAUUUUGGAUAGGAUUUAACUUUAAUAAUAACGUACCUCAAAACUCUUCAAAAGAGGAUAUAGCCUUCCUAACUAAACGUUUAAUAGAAUUAGAAAAGAGUGAAGAACACCUUAAAUCACUGAUAAAAUCAAAAGAGACAAACAAUGAGGAUUUACCAAUCAUAUUUGUAGUAACACCUACUCAUAGUAGACUUGAACAAAAAGCUGAACUAACCAGACUUUGCCAAUGCUUUAUGCACGUGCCAAAACUGCAUUGGAUUGUUGUAGAGGAUAGGGAAUCUAGAAGUAGACUCGUUGAAAAUUUCCUUUCAAAGUGUAAAGUUGUCUCAAGUCAUUUAUUCGUCAAAACUCCAGAUGAAAGUGUUCUAAAAGCAAAUGAAUCGAGGUGGAAAAAACCAAGAGGCGUUCAACAACGAAAUGUAGCUUUAAGCUAUUUAAGAUUCGAACAUUCCAGAUCGAAGGGUGUUGUAUUUUUUGCCGAUGACGAUAACGUAUACGACCUUGAAUUAUUUAAUGAAAUGAGACACACUCAGAAGGCUAGUGUAUGGCCGGUUGGUUUGGUUGGAAAAUUAAAGUACGAAACACCAGUAUUGGACUCUCAAGGAAAGGUUAUUUUUUGGAGAACUGCCUGGAAAGGUACUAGAAAAUUUGCUCUAGAUAUGGCAGGAUUUGCCGUUAACCUAAAAUUGAUAACUGAUAGUCCAAAAGUUCAAUUUAGAUCUGGUCGCUCAAUUGGAAUGUUGGAAACAAAUUUUUUGUCAGAUUUAAAUUUGGAAUUAUCAGAUCUAGAACCAAAAGCUAAUGGUUGUACUCAGGUCCUUGUUUGGCACACAAGAACGGAAAAACCGGUUAUAAAAAAUGAAGGCAAAAUGUUAAAAAUUCCAGUAGAUCAGAGAGAAGUGUAA